CGGCUAAGGAAAUAACACUCACCGAAUUUCUCCCUUCUCCUCUUUCCUCACAAGCCAACAGACAUACAAAGACAAUGGCCAACGACAAACUCAUCUGCGUGAUUGGCGCCACAGGCAACCAAGGAGGCUCCGUCGCCCGUCGUUUUCUCAAAGCGGGCUUCAAAGUGCGUGGCUUGACCCGCAACACCACCUCACCCUCCGCCCAAGCCCUCUCAUCGGCGGGAGCCGAAGUCGUGACUGUUGAUCUCAAUGACGUCUCGACUCUCAAGAAAGCAUUUUCCGGUGCCAACGCCAUCUUCAGCGUGACCAACUACUGGGAGCCGUUUUUUCGACCUGAUUGUCGGGAGCAGGCUGCGAAGGAGGGCAUUUCUUGUCGAAAGUUUGCGUAUAAUGUUGAGGUGCAGCAGGGAAAGAAUAUUGUGGAUGCAGCUGCUACCGUGGUUGAUAGCCUUGAUGAUAAUGGGUUUUUGGUCUCGACGCUGAGUCAGGCUGAGAAGUGUAGUGGGGGGAAGUUUAAGGAGUUGUAUCAUUUUGAUGCGAAGGCGGAUGUUUUUCCGGCUUAUGUUGAUGAGAAGUAUCCCGAGUUGGCGGCUAAGACGUCGUGCAUUCAUACCGGCUACUUUUACACCAGCUUCAACAUUCUUCCCGACUCAUACAUGAACAAGCUCCCUGAUGGAACCUUUGAAAUGUCCUUCACUACCUCCCCCGACAGUCUCGUCCCUCAUCUCGACCCGGUUGGAGAUCUAGGCAACUUCACCUAUGCCGUGUACCAAAUGCCUCCAGGCAAGGCCUACAUGGCCGAAGGAACAACAUGUACAUGGCCGGAGUGGAUUGAGACUUGGGGCCGCAUUAAUAAGGUCCCCGUCAAGUAUCGCCAGGUUACGCCAGAUGAGAUGACAGCCGCUACACCUGAUCGAGAGGCGGGUAUUGAGACAGGAUACAUGUUCUCAUACACUUCUGAUCCAGGAUACGAUGGUGGUAUGAAGCUGUUGAAAGCUAAGGAUAUUCGUGAGGCGGGAAUUGACUGCCCUAUGACGAGCUGGGAGGAAUGGGCCAAGAAGUACGACUGGUCUGCCAUUCUUAACAAAUAGGAGAUCAAAGAUGCCUACGCAUGGUGAUUUUUAGCGCAAAAUGUGUUGCAGAAAGAACUUAUUAGAGUAGACUACAUUACGGCCGAAAGCAUGAUGAUCAAAUAUGAGAACUAUCGGUAUUUUUUUAUUUUUCUUUUCAAAUUC